UGAAAAGAAAUCACUGAGCCACACGCAAAAAUACCUAACGCUCGAUUGUGUCUGCUACAACUACAAUACAUACCCUUACACGUAUAAAAUUAUGUUUACCUGUGUUCGCUUGCACACUAGAAGAAACAUCUCUCAUGAGGCACGUGACCUUUAUCAUUCUCAUUGUGUCUCGCGUCCACAAAUGCCUGUUGUGGACUUAUGACCACCUGAGUUUGGUCACCUUGUGGGUUGUGGGGAUUGAGAGUAUUUUGCUAGCAUUCUCGUUUGCUGACAUGAAAUGCUUUGGUGUACCUAUAAAACCAGAAAAUGCAACUAGUGGGACGCCUGCUUGGAUUGGUAAGGGCUUCACUUGUGUUUGCUUCAAGCGAAAGCGAACUUGCGAACGGGUCGGCAUUAACUUGACCCAUCUACAGGAAGAAAGACUGAAAAGGUUGAAGCACAGGAUGAAGGUUUAUUUCGAUGCUUCGAGGCCAGAUCACCAGGAAGCUUUAAGAGCACUGUGGUCUGCCACAUAUCCUGAUAGGGAGCUUCAUGGCUUGAUAUCCGAUCAAUGGAAAGAAAUGGGAUGGCAAGGAAGAGAUCCAUCUACUGAUUUCAGAGGAGCUGGAUUCAUUUCUUUGGAGAACCUAUUAUUCUUUGCCAAAACAUAUUCAACAUCGUUUCAACAUUUACUCAAAAAGCAGGAAGGAAAGCGAUCUGCUUGGGAGUAUCCAUUUGCCGUUGCUGGCAUAAAUAUCACUUUCAUGAUCAUGCAAAUGCUUGACCUUGAUGCUUCAAAACCUAGGACAUUUGUCACUUCAGUUUUCUUACACAUGCUGUCAGAAAAUGAAUGGGCUUUUGACUUGCUCUACUGUAUGGCUUUUGUGGUCAUGGACAAGCAAUGGCUGGGGAGGAAUGCAACGUACAUGGAGUUCAAUGUGAGAAUCAGAAUCCAGUCUAAGAUGUUUUGAAAUCAACAAGGGCUCAUGUGGAAAGUGAACUUCUAAUGGAUGAUGUCCUACGGAUAGAAGACAUUCCUUCUUAUGCCCUUCUCUCUUAACAGAAACUAUCUAAUGUACAAUUUGGUUUGUUUGCUAAAGUUGCUUUUUUUGUGCUUGCUUUUUUCGCUAUUGUAAAAAACAGAAAAACAACUUUAGCAAGUCAACCAAACACAGCCUAAAAGUUUCAGGCUGCACUAGCUUAGAACCACUAAUAUUUAUUUUAGCCUUAAUGUUGUAAAAUCCCUCUUAUUUCUUUGUUCCCAUUAUUUUCCUCUCUCCUUUGUAUGGAUUCCCGGCAAAAUAUGAUGGUUGUACUUUAUCA